AUGGCAAAGGCCCAUGGGAAAGACUGGAACCCUGGGUCAGCCUCUGCUGAAAUGAUUUGGGCAGUCAUGACCCAUUCUGACUAUGAUCCUGAACAGUGUGGGGGCACUGUUGCUGAGAUUGUAUCUUCGAUCUUCGAGAUGUUCCCUGACAAAGGGCAAGAAAAAGGCAAGAAAGGCAAGAAAGGCAGUGAUGAAGAUGGUGAUAAGGAUGACAGUAGCCCUUCAUCAAGUGAUAAAGAGACUGACAGCAAUCAGGAGCAUGAUAAUAAUGAGGAUGGUGAAGAGGCUGAGGAAGGGACCAACUUGUGCACCUUGUGGUUACUCUGGAAGGAGCACCUUCAAAAGGAUGCAGCACACAUAGAUAGCCUUCAUGUGGAGGUGCUCAAUGCACAAAAGCUUUUCAAUGGUGCAAUGAAGCUGACAUCCAUAAAGCACAAUACCUUGGGACAGAACUUUGUCCCUUUCUACACAUAUGAGUGGUCUGCUGCAACAGGUGGAACAAGAGCAUGCUGCUUGCAUAUUCUUGCCUGCAUUGCAAUCAUGGAGCAGACAAUCAUCAAUACAUACCAGAUUGGCUUGCUGGAUGACAGUAGUGGAGGUGCAGCUGCCAUUUGUCUCACAAUCAAGGACAACACCAAGAAUUAUCGAGUUGCCUGUCCAAUCUUGAGGAAGAAGCAGAAGCAGAAAGGCAGGGGACUUGAAGGCAUCAAAAAAGUUACACAGCUAGUGCCAGAGCAUGUGAACCUGACGUGGCCUGACCAAAUUGAUAUUGCAGCAAUAUCACAGGUUGACUUUAAAUUAGAGGUCAAGCUUGGGUCACAAAAGCAUGAUCUUCUAGUGCACAGCUGCAUUGCCUGGGAGGAUAUUACAGGUGUUGCAGAGACACACAAAUGCCCCCCCCCCCCCCUUUGUCCUGAAGUUCAGGGAGUGUUAGAGGUACUCAUUAAGGAGCUGAGCAUUAAUACCUACCAUCAGCACCAGCCUUUGAAGGACAAGAAGAUCUCUUUUGAUGACAGCAUCUCCCCAAGUGAUCAUCUCCAUGUCCUACACAGAGCAGUAGAGAAUGAGACAGCCAUCUCCCACAUUAUGAGAAACAAGAAGUUUUUGGUACCAUCACAAAGGGAUAAGCUCAUGCUGCUGGAGGCAGAGGCAAGAACCUGCCAGAGACAUUGGGAAUGUGCUAGGGAGCAUGAUAAGAAGGAAGAACUUUUGGAUGCAAACAAAAGUCCAGAUGGCAAUAGUGCUAGGAGCACACCUGUCCAGUCUGACAUAGAUAACCAAGCAGGUACUAAGACACGUUGUUUGCCAGCUCCAAUACAAUGUUCAGCAGCAAUGAUAACAACUGCUGGAUGCAGGGGGUAUGGGCCCCACCUCAGACAUGACCACUUGAUGCCACCCACUUUGGAUGUUGAUCUCACUUUGGAUGCCAACCUCACUUUGGAUGCUGACCCCACUUUGGAUGUCAACCUCACUGUGGACGUGGCUCCCACCUUGAAGAAGCACCAAGCCUCCCACUCAGUAUCUUCAACUGACUCUUAUGGUGGCUAUAUCACUAAUGGGAAACCUGACAGAAAGCGCAGGCAGCUUAGUGAAGACAAUGCCAGUUUACCUGGCAAUACACACUUCCAGUUUCAAGAGGAUGAUGAAUCAAUAUUCUCCAAAUUGGUUCCAUCCUGA